UAAAUAUUAUUAGUUAGUUAGUUGAGUGAUUGAUCCAAAUCAUCCUUCGCCUACCGACACACCAGGCCCAGGAUCCACUGUACUUCGAGUUCUACUUCAGGACCACUGGUUGCGCAGUUGAAAAGCAGAGAGUAUUUUAGUAGUUAUGUGCUGGUAGCGCGGAGGCGGAUCGGGCACCACAGUCCGCUAGCACUGGCCAUACCGCUAAAGAGCCAUGGCGUGCAAAGAAGACGCCAGCGAUCGUGUCGCAGCUUCUACUGGUGACAGCGAGGAACGCAGUGCGAGUGAGUCAGUCACGUCAGGCCCAGGAUUUACUGCUCCGUACGCCGAAUUGCAGGAAAACAGGAUUCCCAAGGCAGUAUGCAGACUUCGAGGUUUGUUGGUUGAGCAGUAUGUCAGCGCUACCGUUGACGUGGGAGAAGGAAUGGUGGACGAAGGACUAAGCGAGCCGAGUGUUUCAGAUGUACAAGUUCAACUGAUCAUUUUGUCUAGGCCAGAGCUUCUUCUGCAGGAGUUCAGAAAUGUCAGCUUCGAUUCAGAGGACGUGUUGCGUGUGGAACACGUUUUCACAAAAGCAGCCGAUAGUAUGAAGAACACCUCGCUGGAAAGUCUUUUCGAUCUGAGUGAUGAACAGAAGCUGGAGUUCACGAGUGGUGGUCGGACUUACAGCAUCUUAGCAGUCGCCAGUGCUGGGUGCGGUAAGACCUUCAUUUUCACGAAAGUGGGUCCGUUGAAAUGGGCUCGGAAUGAGACCUGGAAUGAGUUUGACCUAGUUGUAGCAAGGCAGCUACGCAACAAAGAAGUUCGGGAAGCGAUAAGCAUCUGUGAUCUGCUGGGCGUGGAAGAGCUGGGAGAGUUUACGAGUGACGAGCGCAGGAGUAUCGAUGAUUUUGUGUGCCAACAAGCGCAUCGAGUUUGUCUUGUAUUUGAUGGUCUCGAUGAGAUACGCCUGAGUGACUGCAGUGGUUUUGUUCGCGACAUCAUGAACGGCUCAUCAGUGAAAGGACUCCGUCUGGUUGUGACAUCACGGCCAUCCACAGAGCUACUGAGGCUAUGUGACAGGAAACAUUUCGAUCGUCGUGUCGAAGUUAUCGGUUUCCGGACGGAGGAUAUUGAUGUCUACAUCAGGAAGGUGCUGAGAUCAGCAGAAGAAGCAUCUGCCUUGAUAACAGCCGUGCACGAUGACCAGAACCUUGCCAGCAUGAUGGCCACGCCAUUCUUGGCCAUGCAGACUUGCAAGAUGUUCCACUGUCGCAAUCGCACGCUACCCCGUUGCAUUUCAGAUAUCUUCGAGAUGAUGAUCGUCCAAGUAGCAGAACGGCACAUGGAUGAGUCCUACAAGAAAUGGAGUGAGAUUCCUGCUGAUGUACAAGCACUGAUCCUUGAACUCGGAAAAUUGGCAUUCACCAUGCUUUGCAGGAAGCAGCUGAUCUUCACCAAUGCCGAAUUGGAGAAGUACUCCAUCACCAGGGAAGCCAAAUCACUAGGCCUACUCGUACUGGCUGACAGCACGAUCAGAGAUAAGAAGAGGCUGUGGAUGUUUAGCCACCUCACAUUGCAAGAGUUCCUGGCUGCUUGCUAUGUGGCUGUGAAAGAGGCAACAACACUGGCACGUGUAGUUCACCUUGCAGACGUGCUACGACCACGGAGUAGCCGUUUAAGAACUUUCUGGAUGCUGUUAGCAGCUCAGCUGGACCGUGAAGAAGCUAGUUACGUGAUCAUAUAUCUACUAGGAUGUACCAAGACUGAAGAGAGCCAACAGCACAACUGGGAAGAUCUGGAGGGUGAUAGUGAUGACGCCUUUGACACAAUGCCUCAAACUGUCUUUCCGCUGGACAUGCUUGCGACAAUCAGUAGUGGACUAAAUCGCAAUGAAAAAUGCCGUCUUGCUGAGGAGCUGCUAUUCAAGUAUGUCAAAGGAGGAAGAAGCGUUGAGCGAUAUGUGAAAAGCCGCUGCAAGAAUGGCCGAUCUGCAAGCGGAGAAGAAUUCCUGAGAACACUGCUACUCAUCUGGCUGGAACGUUGUCCAGAUGCAACACUUUGGACAUUGGCCAUUACUCUCUGUGGAAUGGGCAAAGAUAGCCUCGCAGAGUAUAUCGAUGCACCCACAGCUGAUGGACCUGCACUCCGACCAACUUCAGAUGAGCCUAUGGAUGAGCAGACAAGUCCCACGAUUGACAAAGCUGAACUGGAUGACAUCAUUUCAACAUGCAAUGUUAAACUUCGUCGACUGAGAAUCUUCUUCUGCGGCAAGUACGGUACUGGAAAGUCCAAUCUGAUCCGAGUUAUUCUUGGCGACGAGUUCCAGUCUAAUAAAGACAGCACAGAAGGCGUGGACGUCAGGCGAACCCUUGCUACUCUGCCAGCCAAUGGCAGUCGGGAAGAUGUCGCACUGCCACCCGUGUUCAGUUGCAUCCAAGAAAAGGAAUUGUCUGCACAGCUCAUUACUGCAGCUAUUCAGCUUCGGCAGCAGCAGCAGCAGCACCAACUGGUCGGUGGCAUUAAACCAGGGGACGAAGCAGCAAUGAGCAAGUCACAAGAUCCCGGAGCCUUUGGUGGAUCGUCAGCUGUGGGUUUAGAAGCAGCCGCGGGUGAAGCCAGCAACUCCAGCACCACACAGGAAGACAUCAAUGCGCCCGUUAUCAAGAGCAGCAAUGACAGCAGUCAUACUCAUGAUGUUGACUCUCACAUGGACAUGUCCCACAAUCAGGAUUCCAGUUCAACCUUGUCAGAUCUUGAAGAGAGAACUAACAAGUUGCCAUGGUCACCACGCAUUCUCGAUGGCAUUGCUGACGAUAUCAUGGAAGAACUGCAACAAAUACGGACCGAAGAGGAUCAAACCGAACGAACCAGUGUUGAGUUUUGGGACUGUGGUGGUCAGCUAGCAAUGGCAACGCAACAGAGCAUCUGCCUUGCUUCAGAGCGUGCAAUGUUCGUGAUCACGUUCGAUGCCAGCAAAGACCUGCGUGACAAAGUCGACACUGAAGUUUUCCGCUAUGACAAAGGAAAGACUGUCUCCAUCGAGCCAUUGUUUCCCGGAAUGACUCAUGAAGAUUUCCUGCUGAUGUGGCUAUCCACUGUGUCUUUGCACCUGCAGCAGAGUCCAGCCAGCACCAACCCGACCCCGGAGGCAGCAAACACCACAAGCGUGCACACCGCACAGCAGUCAAGAACUGGAACGGAUCUACGGAAGACAAAGCCAAAGGUGUUCCUCGUUGCAACCCACAUAGAUUUGGUCGACGAUGCCGAGGAGAAAAAGAAGGAAAUAAGGGCUGUUGUCAAGUGCAUUUCAACGCGUUUGAAUUCCGCUCACCUUCGACUGGUUGGACCAUACUUUGUAAGCAACAAACAACCCGGAGAUCCCGCGUCGGAGAUGAGCACAUUCCUCGAGGACUUGAAUGAAGACAUCCGCCUGCUUGAGCCUGACAUGAUUCCCCUCAACCAGAUGAAGCUGGAGAAAGCAAUUACCAGGCUUCAAGUAGUAGCUACAGCAAAAGAGCAGCAAACACCAAGGCCAAGCCAAACGUCGCCGGAUCUACGCAUGCAUGCAACCUUUGCAGAGCUCAAGGAGCUGGCAAAGUUCAUGUCAAAUGGGUCUAUGUCAGACGAGGAGUUCCGUGCUGCUUUGUCUUACUAUCACCACAUUGGUGUUGUGAUUUGCAGCGACUGGCAAGAUCCUACUGAUAAAAGUCUUGUCUUUCUCAACGUGGAGUGGUUGCUACAGCUAUUCGUGCAACUGGUUGUCCUCUCCUAUGAUCGGGACAACAGCGACCCUCGUCUCCUGGAUUAUGAAGCAGAAAUCAAGGCUCUGCGGAAAAAGGGACGGAUGUCAACUUCACUUCUGGCGGCAGUCUGGAAACUGGAUCAAUCCGUUCAACAGUCACUCAUGGAAAUCAUGUGUCAUUUUGGCCUAGCUUCUGAGAUAUUAGCCGCCGAGCCAACCGAGUAUCUUCUUCCAUUUUGCAUCAGUGAGAGAGGUAGAGCGAAGACUCUUCCAGCCAAUUUGCAGUACAGUCUACCUCUUCUGGUGAUGAAGUUUUCAUGUGCUUUCUUCCCACCGGCCGUCUUCAGUCGCAUGGCAAUCUACUGUGUUUCAAAACAGUCGCGCGAGGGCAUCCGCGACCCUGUUGUUGAAUACGCAGCUAUCUCGUUCAAGUUUGGCCGUCAGCACCAUGUCCGUAUCUCCUGGUUUCCUAUUGGACUGCUGGUGGAAGUGAAGUCAUCGUCCAAAUCAAAGGAGAAGGUGAUUGCCGCCACCCAUCAGCUGCUGGACGUGAUCAAUGAUUCCCUUAGCAGCCUGAAAGACCAGGGCUUUGUUGGUCUUGAGUGGACGCAAUGCUUCCAAUGCCAGCGCUGCAUAUCCAAUGUCGUCGAUGAAGAUGAUGAUGGCGGAGAAUCUGGGCACAAUAGUCGACGGUCAACGUCUGGGCGAGCCGUAACCUCAUCUUGUCAGUUACGGAGGGACAUCGGCUUUAUCGAGCUGUCUGGAUAUGAACUGCUGGACUACGCUGAAAUGGAAGACGACGACGCUGAGGAGUUGCAUAAGUGCGGACGCUGUAAAGAGUCUACGACAUUGCCUUGUGAUUACAUUCAUUACUGGAUCAGAAGCAAUAGCAGCAGUUCCAGCUAUGCCGCUAGCAACAACAGUACCGCCACCAGAAGCCACAGCAGCAGCAGCAGCAGCAGCAGCAACAGCAGACGCCACAGCAGCAGCAGACGCCACAGCAGCAGCAGCAGUAGCAGCAGACGCCACAGCAGCAGACGCCACAGCAGCAGACACCAUAGCAGCAGCCACGGUAGCAGAAGCAGCAGAAGCAGCAAGUAUAACAGCCGCGCUGCAGAGAGUGUAAGCACUGAUGCGGUCGCCUGUGAUUUAUCAGAAUUGAGCCAUGGUCGUGGUGGUGAAGCUAGGCCAGGAGGAUCAGAUGGUAAAUAUUGGUUCAAGUCGCCUAAGUAUGUCAGCGAUAUCCGUCCCUGGCUGUGCGACCUCCCUGCAGCAAACUUGAGAAGGACUCUUGAGAAGCAUGGACUGUUGACACUGUCUCAGGUGCACACGCUGAUGGAGACUGAGCGGUUACAUGGGAAGGAAAGGCAUAACUGUGAGAUGUUGCUGGAGUCCGUGGAGUCAGCAGGAAAAGAUGGCUUUGUCGACCUCUACAACGCAAUCGAGAAGAGCACAUCCUUGACCCAAUUGUUCAUACGGAUUGGAUUGAAGCGAAUGCGUGAAGCGAUGCCUGAUGAGUAAUGUCGGUAGGAUCGAGGUCUGUGCAAGCCAUCAGCACAACAGCAUCAUCACCCUGCGGUAUUUACUGGCUGUUACCAGUUCCAUGUCUACAUGUGGUUGUGCGUGGGUGUAUCUGUGUGCAAGUGGGUUUCAUUACCUGUUUGCUAGUGUGUGUGUGUGUGUGUGUGUGUGUAUGUGUGUGUGUCUGUGUGUGUAUGUGUGUGUGUGUGUGUGUGUGUGUGUGUGUGUGUACGUGUGUGUGUGUGUGUGUGUGUGUGUGUGUGUGUGUGUGUGUCUGUGUGUGUGUGCGCGUGUGUACGUGAAUAGGUGUAUGCACCUAUGCACAUGUACCGAUCCAGCAAUUUCAGUAUGUUUGGUCUGUGCUUUCAUUUUGAAUAAUUGAUCUAUUUCCAUUACACAUGUAUUAAAUUUUGUAUCCUUGAGUCCUUGGUGCUACAUUCCCACCUCUACCCCCCCCCCCCCCCCCCUGUGAUGCAUGGUGUUUGCAGGGCUUUUCUCAGGCUCCUGAGUGUUGACCUCCGAAUCAAACCAAGUCAUUAGUGCCUCAUUUCCCGCAUGACAAGUGUGCAUAAUCUUGAGUAGAUACGGCCAUCCUUUGCUUUUUUAAGUUUGUUUCCCUUUGGUUUCGUUACGCUAAGACUGUAACAAAUUUGGAUGACCAAUCUGCAGCAUAAACUAAAUCAUUUUGUUACAGAAAGCGCCAAAACCUCCAUGAUUAGAAGCAGACGGUUUUGGUUCCGACUGCUAGUACAUGAUUACUUUUUUUACUUUUUGUUUUACAUUGCCGGUCACGGCUGCCGUGCAAGAGGAGAGUGCAUCCAGUUCGUGAUGUUGCCUCUGUCGCCACCGCUGCUGCAUUCGCUCUAUCUGAAGGUCAUUUUCUGAAAUUCUGUUGCCGGUGUAAUAGGUAUUAUUUAUAAUAGGAACGUACAUCCUCACUAUUCGUAUUUCCCGCUCGUUCCCCUUGGCAAUGAGAGACAAGAAGAGCGCAUGCUCCAGUGAAUCUCUAGUCUUGAGUUGUUCUUGUCCUGUUCACCUUCUCACUCUUGUCUACGUUCUUGUCGAAAUACUUAUUCCAUAUUCAAUACUAUAAACCCUUGUGUUCGGGAAGAGUGAGGGGACUUUGUUUAGCCGGGAGCUAACACCGGUUCGGCUUCACACUUCUCUAUUUCUAGCAGGGAGUAGUACAAUACCGGUAUUGUACUACUCCCUGAUUUCUAGUGUACAUGUACUUCGAAGUAGUAGUCUUACUACAACCUACCGUUUAGUGUAUGCGCUGCAGAGCUCAGCAAGCUUGCUUCAUGCAUCUCUACGCAGUCACACACAGGUCAGUGAUCAGUGUGUUCUUGAGGCGACGCGUUCUUGAGCACUGAGCCCGAGGCCUGUGACCAUGGUGACUUGGUUUCGGUGAUGAUUGCUCACCCAGGUUCCUAUGUAUAUCAGACAGCAAAUCUCAGUCGCAUUUCAAAUUAUUGUUCUUGAAGAAAUUUUUUUGGGAA